CAUUGACUGGAGCGCCAUUAAUGAUGAAGCCGCUGCCGCAGCCAAGAGAACGUCUGAAAGGGCGGCUUGACGUCUAAACAUCGAGCGACUCUUCAUUCCAUGUGGCAUCAUCUUAUAUUUUUCACAUCCCUUGACGUUUAACGUCAAUGGCAACUAUAUAGUUCAACUAAGUUCACCCCUACAGCCAAUUUACCCGAAGCGAAAGUGCGUGGAUGUGACAUCGGGGCUUCCGUAGUUGUAUAUGACGGCUGCUGUUUGUAUCCAGCGCCACCCCACCUGAUACCCGAUAGUCAGAUUCCAGUAGUGUGAACUUUCGAACACAUUCUGGGAAAUUCAAAUCGACUUUCCUCGGUUCUGCAGAUAUGUCUUCCUAACGUUUGUGCCCAAUUUGUUUGAAAUCUGUCGUUUUUCGAUUGUCGCAGUUUAGCUAGCAGGCCAGUGCACGGCAAGCUAGCACGGUCUGUGUGACCCAAAGUCCACCGUGGGCUUUCUUUCGUGGACACAAAUCAUCGACAGAACAGCAGAAUGAACGUCGCGAAAAGUGGCUAUCGUGUCUUCUCGGCAAACUCCUCCGUAGCUUGCACAGAACUGGCGAAGAAGAUAACAGAGCGACUUGGAGUUGAGCUGGGAAAGUCUGUUGUCUUUCAAGAGUCAAAUAGUGAGACAAGAGUGGAUGUGAAAGAAUCCGUACGUGGACAGACCAUCUUCAUAAUUCAGACCAUACCAAGAGAUGUCAACACAGCAAUCAUGGAGCUGCUGGUCAUGGCCUACGCCCUCAAGACCUCCUGCGCUAAGAACAUCAUCGGGGUUAUUCCCUACUUCCCCUACAGCAAGCAGUGCAAGAUGAGGAAGAGGGGCUCCAUAGUGUGCAAGUUGUUAGCGUCAAUGUUGGCUAAAGCAGGCCUGACGCACAUCAUCACCAUGGACUUGCAUCAGAAGGAGAUCCAGGGCUUCUUCUCUUUUCCUGUGGACAACCUGCGAGCCUCCCCGUUCCUCAUCCAGUACAUCCAAGAGGAGAUUCCGGAUUACAGAAACGCAAUUAUCGUGGCCAAAUCCCCAUCGGCAGCAAAGAGAGCUCAGUCCUAUGCCGAGCGCUUGCGUUUGGGCCUGGCUGUCAUCCAUGGCGAGGCUCAGUGUUCCGAAUCCGACAUGGCCGAUGGAAGACACUCACCGCCGUGUGUGCGCAACACUACCGGACACACGGGAUUGGAGCUGCCCUCAGGCAAACAACAAGCUCCGUUCCCUGGCAUAGAGCUUCCAAUAAUGAUGGCCAAGGAGAAACCUCCCAUUACCGUUGUUGGAGAUGUGGGCGGACGAAUUGCCAUCAUUGUGGACGACAUUAUAGAUGAUGUUGGGGACUUUGUCGCAGCCGCUGAGAUCCUGAAGGAACGAGGCGCAUAUAAAAUCUACAUCAUGGCCACACACGGAUUGCUUUCUGCUGAUGCUCCGCGCCUCAUAGAGGAGUCUGCCAUUGAUGAGGUGGUGGUGACCAACACGGUGCCCCAUGAAGUGCAGAAGCUCCAGUGUCCAAAAAUCAAGACCGUGGACGUCAGCAUGAUCCUGGCCGAGGCCAUCCGCCGCAUCCACAACGGAGAGUCCAUGGCUUACUUGUUCCGCAACAUCGCAGUGGAUGACUAGAAAGUACAGAACGGACCUGGGUUUGAACAAACGUGUCACGAAUCCAAGACAUUUUCCACCUCAUACGCAGGUAGUUUUUUUUUUUUUCCUAACGCCGACCCACACCAGUGAUGGUUAAAAAGUACCAGUCCGUAUAAAAGUGCAUCUACAGUAUGUGGAUGCCAAAGCAACAGAAGAAAGUCACUUCUGGAAAAGGCUACUCUAUAGUUUAUACUAGUUACACUAGUUUAGACUACUUUAUAGACUGAUGGAGUGAGACAUGUGAAAUAUAAAUGUCAAAAAUAUGUUCUAUUUACAAAUACAGUGGUUCCUCUGUUUUCGUUGUCAUUCUGUUCCAAACUGUCUGUUGAAAACGAAUUGGACUAAAUCAUGCUCCACUUUUUAUAUGUAGAAAACAAUGAGAAAUAAUAACCGGGGGGGCAUUUAACUGCAUGACAUUGAAAACCGAGGUUCCACUGUAUCCUGUAGACUCCUUCCAGAAUGACUAUUUUUGUAGCGUGACCAAAAGAAUAUGUAUUUGGGACUCAUAAACACCUGUAAAGGUACUUCAUGCCUACGACUGAGGGGCAGGUAGUGGCAGGUAGGUGCAGGUAGGUGUCGCUCGCUGUCCCGUGUGGUCUGGGCUGCCUUGCACUGUGACUAGCCCGCAUUUAACAGUGUGGCGUUUGCUCAUUGAUAUGCAAACUUGCAACUUUUUUUUUUUAUGAUUAGAAUUUUUGCCAUGUCACGCAGGUUAUCCUAAGUUACUGGGAGAAACUCCGCUGUUUACUUUCACGCCGCUAACGCAAUCCCCAAACUCCCAACACGUCCAAUCCAAUGCUCUAGUGACUGUGACAUCAUGUGUCACGUGACCAACACGCAUGGCGUGCGUUAGCGUUUAGCUUGGCGUUACUUUCCGAUCAAUAUUUUCAGAAGCUUGUUGGGAAGCUCUUGUCGAUGUUUUACUGUGGCUUUGACCCAAGUUUGAAGUUCGAGUCGAUGCUGUGAAAGCGUGUUUUUAGUGUCUGUGUUUAUGACUAUUAGAUUUAGUAAACAAGACGAAAGAAAAUCAUCGAUACAAACACACAUCAUGAAGCUCUCAUCCCCUUCAUCAAUCAGUUCGUAUUCUCCGUACAAGAAAAAAAAAUCGUCAUCAGCUCCACUUUGGACUGGAUGAGCAUUGCAACUGAAGAUGGUGCAUUUCAAGUAGCAUUUAACUGGCUGAAGUUGACCCGGCAUGCUUUGUAGACCUUUCUGCAAUGAGGAUAGACAACCACCAGGUGCCUAGAAUUCAGAUUAGUCGUUCUGAUUUUAAUGUUUCAUGCUGACAUGUCGUUUCCCUCCACCCCGUGUAUGUUGAGAACAUGUGCAUCGUCUGACGUCUGAGCAACGCAUAAGCGGCGUAUUAAUGUAUUUCUGUGCUUAUUCAGCCCUUUGCUCAGGGAAAUAUACUUAACAAACCAAUGCACAUUUACUGUGUUUAUGUUCCUGAUGGUUAGCAUUUCCCAUUUAGUCAGUUUCGUCUUAAAGCCAUGAUUUGUCUAUAAUGUAAAGCAUGUGCUGAUGAUGCGCUUGCACAACGUUGAUGUAAUUUAAUGAAGUCUUCCCUUUUUUCUUUGCCUCCUUUUCCCAAAAAUGAAUUAAAAAUGUCCUUUAUUGUG